AUGACUUUUGCAGGGAGUGAGGCAUGGAAGGCCCAUUACCAGCACCUUCGAGCUGACAACUGCAUUGCCGAUACCUCAUCUGUUGGAGGCCCAACGGUACGGGCAGGCAGGCCGCUUGUGUCCCCGGUAUCCCCGAACUUCAACGCCCUGUCUCUAUCUGCUCGCACUCAAGACUCAACAAUCAGUGGCGGCAUUUCGUCAGCCAAUACUCAGUAUCCAAGCCAUCUUGUUGCGGUGUCUAUCAAGCGACCUCCUCUCAAGAUCCAACUCUCCAUGGGUAUCAUGCUAGUCCUACAUACAGGUAUGUUGUUUCCCCAAGUAGCAGACAACGCACAAUCACAGGAUCCAGAGCCCGCAUACUCGCAGACAAAUGGAGAGAAAGUCCACUUUCAAUGGUCGUCCGCGUGUGGGCACAUUAUUGUGGCGAUGUGGUCAGCGGAUAGCGCGUAG